GGAAAUAUUUACGGAAGUAGUUCAUUUGGGUGGAAAGGCGCUCGUGAGAGGGAUAGUUUGUCGACCUGGUCUUAAUAUGCAGACACCGCAGCAUGUAUCUAGUCUAGAAACGGAUUUGACGAAAUCUUGUGGGACAUCUCGUGUUCUUGUUGGAGUGACGGGAAGCGUUGCGGCAUUGAAACUGCCUCUUUUAGUAUCCCAGCUUCUUCAGCUCCCCGGGGUGGAUGUACGAGUUGUCACCACGGAGCAUGCCAAGCACUUCUACGACCCUGCAGACGUUUCUGUAAAAAUCUACAGUGACAAAGAUGAGUGGGAGCUGUGGACUCAUAGAACGGAUCCUGUGUUGCACAUUGAGCUACGGCGAUGGGCAGACCUUCUGGUCAUUGCCCCGCUUGAUGCCAACACUCUUGGAAAGAUUGCAAAUGGAAUUUGUGACAAUCUCUUGACAUGUGUGGUAAGAGCCUGGGAUACCAGUCGCCCUCUCCUCUUCUGCCCUGCGAUGAAUACUGCUAUGUGGCAGCACCCCAUUACAGCCCAGCAGGUAUCCAGACUCACAGAGUUUGGAUAUGUGGAUGUCCCCUGCAUUUCUAAAAAGCUAGUAUGUGGAGAUGAAGGUAAAGGGGCCAUGGCAGAGGUAUCGACUAUUGUCAGUGUUGUUAAUCAGUAUCUUCAGAAGCCGGAUGAGACAUUUUCAAAAACAUGUUCUUAACAUUGUACAGCGGGCAGCAAAAUAAAUAUUGAUAAAGCAUGAUGACACUUUUCAUCCAUUGGACCUCUUCUUGUUGGGAUUAUGUGGGUGUACGGAUCAGUUAGUUUUUUUUCUGGGCCACAUGUACAUAUGUGACAGUGUAUUUCCCUUUUGAGCUUUUCAUUAGGUUUACCGAAUGAUAAAGGAAAUGCAAAUAGGUUUGAAACGUGCUGGUAUGUGUUCAUGUGCUAAUUUUUUUCCUUCAAGGCUGACCCAUUAAAUGACUAAUGUGCACAAUUUUUGUUUUACUCGUCCGGUAUUGGUCCAGUUUGCCACCUACGGGUUCAUGUUGCCUCUGAUGAGUGUCAAAAACAUGAGAGAAAAUGACUAAAGGGAAAUAAAAUGUUGUUCUUUACCUUUCAUCCCACUUAAGGAGAAGUAAAAAAUCCCACCCUUGCAGUGUUCUUCCUCCGUAGAGUUUACGGAGGCCUUGAAGCAGCUGGUUCACCCCCCCCCUCAAUCUGUCUGUAGCCCCUCUUCCUCUCUCCUGUUUGUAAGAACUCCUUACCUGCAUGCCUUGUCUGUUGUGGAAUAUUUCAAUAAAACUUGUUAGGGAGAAGAGAGCGAUUUGUUUCAAUGUUUAUCUAAUAAAAACGGAGUCUUGAUGAAUGAUCA